AUAAAACAGGCCCCAGCUCAAAAUGAUUCGCGAGUCUCCUAGCGAAUCGGUUCGAUUCAAUCUGUUCAAACGAACGAUUCCUCCGCGAAUCGAACAUCCUUAUCCCAUAACAGCUCAGAGGAGAGCAGGAGGACCACGACGCGUAGGGACAGUCCUCAGUCUCCCACCUUAUUUUUUGUCAGCUUAUCACACCAUACACCCUGAGAGGAAAAGCGGUGUAUGUUUUUGUAAUAUUGGCGGUAGUCAUCGGUUGCCAGCGCUCUCGCUCGGAGGAUUCAUCCCGGGGUAUUGAAUGGAAGCGGCGGCUGAAGAGGCGGCCAGCCUGUCUGAGGCCGGGGAUGGGAGUCCGUUAUCCGGGGCAGCAGCAUCCGAGGACGCGGGGACGGCGGACGGCAUGGACUCGGACUCUACAUCAAAAAAGGCUUUCAUAACAGAGAUGCCUUCAUCGUCAGGCCAGCCAGCCCAUGGGAAGAAGAUCGGACACAGAGGAGUGGAUGCGUCUGGAGAAACCACGUAUAAAAAGACCACAUCUUCAGCACUCAAGGGGGCCAUUCAGCUAGGGAUUGGCUACACGGUUGGCAACUUAAGUUCCAAGCCUGAGCGGGACGUCCUCAUGCAGGAUUUCUAUGUGGUGGAGAGCAUCUUCUUCCCCAGUGAAGGGAGCAACUUGACGCCAGCCCAUCAUUUCCCAGACUUCCGUUUCAAAACCUAUGCUCCUGUCGCCUUCCGUUACUUCAGAGAGCUCUUCGGGAUACGGCCAGAUGACUAUUUGUAUUCGCUCUGUAACGAACCACUGAUCGAGUUGUCCAAUCCUGGAGCCAGUGGCUCAGUCUUUUACCUCACGAAGGACGAUGAGUUCAUCAUUAAGACAGUCAUGCACAAGGAAGCAGAGUUUUUGCAGAAGCUUCUUCCUGGAUAUUACAUGAACUUGAAUCAGAAUCCUCGCACCUUAUUGCCCAAGUUCUUCGGGCUGUACUGCGUACAAUCGGGCGGGAAGAACAUUCGGAUGGUGGUCAUGAACAACGUUCUGCCCAGGGUGGUGCGCAUGCACCUCAAAUACGACCUGAAGGGGUCCACGUACAAGCGACGGGCCUCUAAAAGAGAGCGGAAAAAGGCAAAGCCCACUUUCAAAGACCUUGAUUUCAUGCAGGACGUACCAGAGGGUCUCAUGCUGGAUACAGACACGUACAGCGCCCUGGUCAAGACGUUACAGAGAGACUGUUUGGUCUUGGAAAGCUUUAAGAUUAUGGAUUAUAGUUUGCUGCUGGGAGUUCACAACAUCGAUCAGGCGGAGAAAGAGCAGCAGAUGGAGGGAUCUCAGGGCAGCAGUGAUGAAAAGAGGCCGCUGGCACAGUGAGAAAAGAGGCCGCUGGCACAGAAAGCGCUCUACACCACUGCCAUGGAGUCCAUACAGGGAGCGUCGGCCUGUGGAGAGGACAUCGACACCGACGACACGAUGGGCGGUAUUCCUGCAGUCAAUGGAAAAGGAGAGCGUCUGUUACUCUACAUUGGAAUAAUCGACAUCUUGCAGUCUUACAGGUUAAUAAAGAAACUGGAGCAUACGUGGAAGGCUCUAGUCCAUGAUGGGGACACAGUAUCUGUUCACAGACCGUCUUUCUAUGCAGACAGGUUCUUCAGAUUCAUGAGCACCACUGUAUUCAGAAAGAGUUCCUCACUGAAAUCCUCUCCGUCAAAGAGGGGUCGUGGGGGUCUGGCUGCAGCCAAAUACAGCGGUCCCGGGGCGGCCUGGUCGGCCAGCCAGCUGCCGUUUGUAAGAGACGAAAACAUCUACGACCUGAGAGGAACCCGUAGCUUCCCCACUCUGGAAGACGAUGGUCGGGCAGAUGUACUUCCCUGCACCCCUCCCUCAUUCGAGGAGGCCACCACAGCCUCCAUCGCCACCUCGCUCUCCUCCACCACUUCCCUUUCCAUCCCAGAACGCUCCCCGUCAGACACCUCUGAACACCCGCGCUACAGGAGAUACACCCAGUCCAGCCAUGAAGAAAUAAUGCAGGAUGAGGACCAGCAAACCAUCACAGUGGAGGUGGAGGUGGAGGGACUGUAUGACAGUGAACUCACCCUCGCGGCUCCCCAGUUAUCGCCGGAGAUCAGUGAAGCUGCAGAGACGUUUCUAGAAGCCUCGUCCUCCUCCAUCCCGGGGAGCCCCAGGAUAGUGGUAGAAUCUGACAGCUGCAGUCAGGCCUCAGGCUGUACGAGCCGUGCCUCUGUGGAUGAGGAUGAUGAUGUGCCAAUCACAGACAUUUAUUUUUUCUCUGAUGGCAGCAUCUGUGUUUGUCAGCUCGUCACACACAGAAGGCGGCACGCUCCUCCAGAAGACAAAAGCUGGGUAUAUUCUCCUCUGCACUUCAGCUCAGGGCCUAAAACCCUGCCAGAGGAUGAAGGGGAGAGUGAAACAUAAUCAGACCUCAGGAAAGAGGGGCAGCUACAAGGUUCAGACCCUUCAGACGUCCGGAAGCUCUACUGGUCGGACUUUUUCACAACUUAAGCAUCAUUUUCAUCAUCCUUUCACCCAUUCCAUAAACAACACCAAGCAAGUAGUAAUGCCAAUGUCCAGACUUAUUUAUGAGUAAUAAUGAAAAUAUUUAUGUUUAAUUAUUUUUUGAUUGUUUUGUGUUUCAUUUAUUGUCUAAUUUACAUACUGUGAAUGUGUUUUCCAAUUUGAGCUCUGGGACUCGAGACUUUUCCCAAGAGUGGGUUUUAGGUUAUUAUUUUUAAUUUUAAGUUUUUAAAAACUUAACUUGUUAAUGCGCCUUUGUUAUCAGGUAGCAUUGUUUGUUUCGUAACUGUUGAAAAAUUAAUGUUCUGUCACAGUCCUUAUAUAUACACAAACAUGGUUUGCUUUAUUUUUAUUGUUUCUUCAAAAAAAAAAAUUAUUAAGCCAGCAAUAGUGUUCAAAGUUUCAGAGUUAUGAAUUUCCAACAAGUGGCUGUUUGAUGUGUGAAAUUUGGCAAUAACCAAAGUCCCGUAAUUUUCUCUUCUUUUUUUUAAUUUAAUUUUAAUGUAAAAAUUAGGACUGAUAAUUUUCCACAUAUUCUUGUUUUGCCUCAUUUUUAAACAUUCUGGUAAUUCAAAUUUGUUCCGCAGAUUUUCCCGCCAAAAUCCAGUACAAAGUCUUCAGGGCCUGGUUAUUAAGACAUGUUUAACUGAAAGAUGGGACCAAACUUAUUAUGUGGGAGGCCAAAUAUGUAAAACAACUUGUUACCAUAAUCGUAAUCAGAAAUAUUUCAGUUAAAACAUUAAACUGUAAAUCCACAUGUAUAGAGUUUGUGUGUGUGCCUAUGCAUUGAGUGUGUUUGUGGUUCUAGGUAAGCGAGUGUCUCAUUUUACAACGGAAGUGUGCAACACUGAUUCUUAUAAUGUGCAGUGGCCAGUUGUUAUUGAUAUUGCUGUUGUAUCCAAAAUAAAGGGACUACUGCAGCAAUGCAUUUGUAAAGUGUAGCACAAGCAUAUUUUGGUUGCCUUAAUUAUUUUUUGCCAACCUAAAUCCUAUUGUAGUUAUAAACUAUUCACUAAUUCAGUCUUUCGUUCUGGUUCACCAAUGAUAGUGUCUUAGAGAAUUUGUAUAUAGAUCUUUAAAUACAUAUAAAAUCUAUUUUAAAUGUUAUUUGAAGUUUUCUUUUGUAUUUUAUUUUGCACAAGUGGCCUGUGAAAGGUGUCCUAUAGGUCCACACGAACCCACCCAUUCUUCCAGCGUCGAUGACGUUUUCUUGUUUCAGUCUUUGUAUCAAAUGUGUACACUUUACAGUUGGGAUUGUAAAGUCUAUACGGUCAACGACAUACAACUGUAUCAAUCGCUUACUCUUCCAACAGUUGAGCUGUGUUUGCGUGUGUGUGUGUACGUGUGUGUGGUCUAAAAGCUGUGUGCCCCCAUAAAUAGCAAAAG